AUGUUUACAUCAAAAGGAAAUAAACUUUUUCAUAGAGACUCUAUUGUUCCUACUAUGGGCCAUGAAGGUACUACUAUUAUUCCAAAUAAAUAUAGAGGACGUGGUCUUGCAGUUUUUACCUCUGGAGGUGAUGCUCCAGGUAUGAAUGCGGCUGUUCGAUCUGUCGUUAGGAUGGGUCUUCAUUUAGGUUGUAAAGUUUACCUUAUUCAUGAAGGUUACCAAGGAAUGGUUGAUGGUGGUGAUAAUAUUAAACUUGCUACUUAUGACUCAGUAUCUGAUAUUAUUCAGAAAGGUGGUACUAUAAUUGGAUCAGCUAGAUGUAUGGAAUUUAAAACAAUAGAAGGUCGAUUAAAAGCAUGUUAUAAUUUAAUUAAAAGACGUAUUACAAAUCUUGUAUGUAUUGGUGGUGAUGGUUCAUUAACAGGAGCUAAUACAUUUAGAGUUGAAUGGCCAGAUUUAGUUAAACAACUUCUUGAUAGUGAAAAGAUAACAAAAGAUGAAGCUGCUGCAUGUUCAAUGAUUCAAAUUUGUGGAAUGGUUGGUACUAUUGAUAAUGACUUUGCUAAAACUGAUAUGACAAUUGGUGCAGAUACAGCUCUUCAUCGAAUCAUUGAAGCUACUGAUUGUGUAACAUCAACAGCCCAAUCACAUCAACGUGCUUUUGUCAUUGAAGUUAUGGGUAGACAUUGUGGUUAUUUAGCAUUAGUAGCAUCACUUGCUUCAGAGGCAGAUUUUUGUUUUAUUCCAGAGUGGCCUCAACCUAUAAAUUGGCCUGAAAUUUUAUGUAAAAAACUUGCUCAAGCAAGGGAAAUGGGACAAAGAUUAAACUUAAUUAUUGUUGCUGAAGGUGCUAUUGAUAGAGAGGGAAAACCUAUCUCAUCUGAGACAGUACAAAAAGUUAUUAAAAACACAUUAAAAUAUGACACUCGUAUAACAGUUCUUGGGCAUGUACAACGUGGUGGUAAUGCAUCUGCUUUUGAUAGAUUACUUGGAUCUAGAAUGGGUGCUGAAGCAGUAUUAGCUUUAAUGGAAAUGACUUCAGAAUCUGAACCUUGUGUUAUAUCAAUAGAAGGAAAUCAAAUUGUUAGAGUACCAUUAAUGAAAUGUGUUAAAAAAACUCAAAAUGUUCAACAGGCAAUGAAUAAUUUAGACUUUGAUUUAGCUGUUGAAUUACGAGGUCCAUCAUUUAAAAGAAAUGUUGAUACAUAUAGAAUGUUAACUAAACUUCAUAUUCCAAGAGAAAAAGACAAUUUAUCAGAGGGAAAAGUUUUUAAUGUAGCUGUAAUGAAUAUUGGAGCUCCAGCAGGAGGUAUGAAUGCUGCAGUAAGAGCUUUUGUUAGGUCUGCUUUGUACCAUCAUUGUAAUGUUUAUGGAAUAGAAGAUUCUUUUGAAGGAUUUAGUUCUGGUAUUCUUAGAAAAAUGGAUUGGGGAGAUGUUAAUAAUUGGGUAAUGGUUGGAGGAAGUAUUUUAGGUACUCAAAAACAAUUACCAAAUAAAUAUUUUGAUAAAAUUCAUGAAACAAUGAAAAAAUAUAAUAUUCAUGGUCUUUUAAUGAUUGGUGGUUUUGAGGCAUACCAUUCAGCUAUUGAAUUUGAGAAAGCUCGUGACAAAUAUCCAUAUUUUAGAAUUCCAAUUGUUGUUGUACCAGCUACUAUCAGUAAUAAUGUACCAGGAACAUCAAUGACAAUAGGAAGUGAUACAGCUUUAAAUACAAUAUGUGAAAUGAUUGAUAAAAUUAAACAAAGUGCAAAUGGAACAAAGAAGCGUGUUUUUGUAAUUGAAACAAUGGGUGGUUAUUGUGGUUAUCUUGCUACUUUAACAGCUCUUGCUUCUGGUGCAGAUAAUGCAUAUAUAUAUGAGGAAAGAUUUACAGUAGAUGAUAUUAAAGAAGAUUGUGAAGUUAUUAAACAAAAAAUGGAACAUGGAGUUAAGAGAUAUCUUGUAGUAAAAUCAGAAAAAGCUUCAAAAAAUUAUAAUACAGAUUUUGUUAUGGCUGUAUUUAAUGAGGAAGGAAAAGGUGUUUUUUCAACAAGAGUUAAUAUAUUAGGUCAUUGUCAACAAGGAGGAAAUCCUUCAGUUUUUGAUCGUAAUUUAGGAACCAAAUUUGGUGUCAAAGCUCUUGAAUAUAUAAUGGAACAAAGUAAAAAAACAAUUAAUUUGGAAACUGAUGAAAGAUUUGCUACAACAAAAGAAUCAUGUGCAUUACUUGGAAUUAGAAAUAGAACCAUUGAAUUUACUCCAGUAACUGAUCUUAUAGAAGAGACAGACUUUGAACAUAGAGUACCAAAUGAGCAAUGGUGGCUUAAAUUAAGACCACUUCUUAGAAUUUUAACAAGUCACAGUAGUGGUUAUGUUUCUGAGGCUAUUGUCGAUAUCAAAGACAAUGUAAAUAAUUAA